AACCAAGUAGAAAAAUAGAAAAAGAAAAAAGCAGAAGAAGAGGAAAAUCCACUCUCCUCUGUUCUGGGAUCGCUCUUCAACCUGUCAGUCCAACGAAAAUCGAAUCCAUCUCCCGGAUUCUCCUCCUCUCGUCUCCUCCCUCCCGCCCUUCGCGAGCUCAUCUCCAUCGGCUCCUGCCAUCUCGCCUCUUCGAUCUGCAGAUUUCUUCAUUCUUUGCAGCUGAUUGUUCCGUAAUCGCUCGAUGCGUUCGGCCUCGAGAUCUGAAUCCGGCUCAAAGUUCCAAUCUUCAGGUCCUGCUGCCCCCCGAGCUGGCCCCCGCAUUUCGUUCCCGUUCGUGGGGCACAGCGAAUGCUCGCUCGUUCCCGCCGGUUUCAGCUUAGCAAUUUCGUAGCUCGGAGCUGCGUCUGCUGAUCCGACGAGCUCCUGCUUGAUUGGGUCCGAAAUUCGAGGCGCUCGCCUCGGGCUUUGUCGGCACGAUCGAGGGAAUUCGAGCCGCGGAGCUAGGGUUUGUUUGGUUUCGGCUUCGUUUGCGACGGCAACAUCGUCAUCAAGCGGAGGGUUUGAAGAGUCCGAGCGCUGCGGCUUGGUGGGUUUUGCUGCUUUUGCCUUUCGUCUGUCUUUCUUUGGAUGCGAUGGAUUACGGUAGAGAAUCGGGCUUCGGCGGCGGGAAUGUGGUGCACGUGAUCACCGGAGGAGGUCCUAACGAGAGCUGGAUGCAGAAUCCGGCCGCCGAUCAAGGGGUGUGGGCCUCGGAAGACGAGUACCGCGUCUGGAACGGCGGGUUGACGCCCUCCUCCGACGCGCCCUCCUCCAACUCGAGUUACGACGGCGGGAGGCAGUCCCAGACGCGGUCCGGGAGCGAGCCCCCGAGCAAGAAGUCGCGGAACGGUUCGGAUUCCGCCGUGUCCAGCCGGUCGAAGGCGAUCGGCAAAAUGUUCUUCAAGACCAAGCUGUGCUGCAAGUUCCGCGCGGGGACCUGUCCUUACGUCACCAACUGUAACUUUGCUCAUAGCAUCGAGGAAUUGAGGAGGCCGCCUCCUAAUUGGCAGGAGAUCGUCGCGGCUCAUGAGGAGGAGAAGGGGGUUGCGUCGGAGCCGAGGGAAGAAUUCCAGAUUCCGUCGCUCGGGUCUUCGGGAUUCAGUGGGGAGUCGCAGCGGUCCUAUAAGGGGAGGCAUUGUAAGAAGUUUUAUACAGAGGAAGGCUGCCCGUAUGGAGAUAGUUGUACUUUUCUUCAUGAUGAGCAGUCCAAGAAUAGGGAGAGCGUGGCCAUAAGUUUGGGACCUGGUGGUUAUAGCGGCGGGGGUGGGGGUGGGGGAGGAGGAGGAGGAGGAGGAGGAGGAGGAGGAGGUGGAGGUGGUGUAGGAGGCGGAGGAGGAGUUGGAGCUGGGGCUGGGUCAAAUGUGAAGCCGUCGAAUUGGAAGACGAGAAUAUGUAAUAAGUGGGAGCUCACGGGUUAUUGUCCGUUUGGAAACAAGUGCCAUUUCGCUCAUGGAGCAGCAGAAUUACACCGGUAUGGUGGUGGGCUUGUGGAGUCUGACGCGAGAGAUGCUACUUCAGCACCUGCUGAUCCAAAACAGGGAGGAGCUCCUUCAAAAACUCCUGCUGACACUGCAGUUGCAUCAGCAGUCUCGGUUCCUCAUACGGAUGCAUACCACAUUGGAGUUCCAUCACAGAGAUCAGCUAUCAUAAUACAGAGGCCAGGACAAAGAACUCAUCAGAAAUGGAAGGGUCCGGACAAGAUCAGCAGGAUAUAUGGUGACUGGAUCGACGACGUCGAGUGACAUUGGGAAAGCUCACUGCUGUAGCAGAAGUUGCCUGAUAACAACCCUACUGACAAGAUGUUUGAACAGGAAACAGCAGAGGCACGAGAGUAUCAUCGAGUUUCGUCUUGAGUGUCAACUAGUUUGCUGGUUUCAGCCGCUUAGGAGAUACAUCGCUCUGAGGAAAAGGAAAGUAAAAGAAGAGUCAGGAAGGAUGCGCACGAGCUCAGAAGUCCUUCUUCACUCGCGUCGAGGAGCUUGAUGCUCGCAUCGCCUUCCUGGUCUCGUCUUCUAAGGAAAGAUCUAUCAAAGAUCAAUUGUCCUCCCGUCGCUGAGAGAAGUUCCAUCCGGGAGAGACGGUGAAUUACUCGGAAUCUUCAGAUUGUGAAACUGACCCUUUUUGGGGUUUUCAAUAAUCUCUAGUUAAAAGCGGUUACUUUUUUCUCCGCAAUGCUUGAUUUAUGAACUGUCACUGAGUUAUUACAUCUGUAACUUCGACAAUAAUUUCGAGCAUUACGUAUAUCCAUGUCUGUUUUCUUUUUCU